AUGAAAUGGAUGAUUGACGCAUCAUUUGCGGUGCAUCCAGAUUUCAAGAGCCAUACUGGCGGCACUCUGUCCUUUGGAGGAUGUGCAGCUCAAGUGAUGUCAAAGAAGCAAAAGCUAAACAGCAGAAGCAGUACGGAAGCGGAACUGAUUGCUGUUGACGAUGUUGUCACAAUGAUACUACUAUGGACAAAGUUGUUCAUGGAGUGGCAAGGGUAUCCGAUCGAGAAAAAUAUUUUGUAUCAGGAUAAUAAAAGCGCAAUUCUACUGGAAGAGAAUGGUCGCAAGAUCACGGGCAAAAGAAGCCAAGCUAUCAAUAUUCGUUAUUUCUUUAUCACAGAUCAAGUUGAGAAAGGAAAUGUUAAGAUCGAAUACUGUCCAACUGACGAUAUGAUUGCGGAUUUCAUGACUAUUCCAUUGCAAGGUGAGAAGUUUUGCAAGUUCAGGGAUCUGAUUCUUGGUCCACAGGACUAG